GCAGUUUUCGGUUGUUCGUUGCGCGCGUGAGACAGUGUUAUCCGCGGUGCAGUAGCAUCAACGAAGAAAGAUGGAGUUCGUGUGGGGGUACUCGUGCAUCGUUGCGCUGCUGUUGCUGCUGGCGGUGGUGCUGGUCUGGCGUGUGGUGUCCAAAGGUGGACGCAGCCAGAAACCUAUGCAUGUCCAGAAGGAGCAGUCUGUGGAAAGUGACGUAAUGGACGCGCCGAGCUGCCCCAAAAACAUACUCAGCAACCGUUCGCCGAAGCCGGAGGCGCAGCAGAGAGCAAAGAUAACGGUGAGGGAGAGGAGGCUGUUGAGGGCGCGGCGGAGGCGGCUCAGGGCUUUGCGCAGGCUGCGCCGCUUCCAGGCGCCAAUCUCUUCCCCCACCAGCGACAGCGACACCGAGGACGUCGCAGCUGCCAGCAUCAGCCCCAGGAGCAGGAAGAGGCGUCGUGUCGCAGUUCAAGAUGACGCCUACAAGGAUGGCACUAGUGGCGCAGCCUUACGGGGAGAAGGACCGCCCAUCAAUCACACCCGCUGCAUCGCAGAGUGGCUGGUCGCACAGGCCCACCAUCUGGGGGCCCACCUAGAUGUAGAGCUGCCGCCAGUCAACAGCACCGUCUACCAGAGGCAGAUGGCAAGGAUGAUGGAGACCGCCCUCUCUCAGUGCGCCAGUUCGGCGACAGGGGUCCCCAUGGAGAACCCUACAGGUUUGCUAGGGCAACGCAGACGCAGUAGUGCAGACAUUGUUCCGGAUGAAGCACUUCAGAAUAAAUCUCGGCCAAAUCUGGAUACUGGUGAUAGAGAGAAUCCGAGUAAGAAAACAUGUGUGCAGCAUACAAAACCUUCUCGCAUCGACCGAGCAACGCAGGCAGCAGACGCUGUUUUCAGAGUGAAGAUCAGACCACCUGAAGUACAUUCGGAAGCCGACUGCAUUCGUCAUCGGAAGAAGGGAGAGAAGGUGGAGGCUGCAGUCUCCCAUGAAGCUCGUGUGGCGACAGCGGGCCCGAGUUCCAAGCCUACAGGUUUGCUAGAACAAGCAACACAGACGAAGUACACGUUUUUCAGAAGAAAGAACAGACUGCCUUUAGGACAUUCAGAAGCCGAGGCGUGUCCUGCUAUGAGUAUAGUCCAUCGCCAGGAGAUGGGAAAGAAGGUGGAGCCUGCUGUCUCUCAUGGGGGUUGUGUGUCAACAGCGGGCCUGAGUUCGAAGGCUACAGAUUUGCUAGAACGACACAAAUGUGAUGCUACAGAUGGCGGUGAGCUGCGAGGAAAUAAAUCUCAGUUAAGUGUGGAUACCACAGACAGAGAGAAUCCGUGUAAGACGCAGCACUUGGAACCAACUGAUAGUGACCGUGUAGCACGGGCAGCGGACGUCGGAAACAGAACAAAGAACAGACUGCCCCAAGCUUGUUUGGAAGGCGGAAUGUCUCCCAUCAUUAGCGCCAUCCAUUAUUGCGAGAAAAAGAAAAAGAUGGAGGCUGCUGUCUGUCAGAGCGGGUGCGUGCCGACAACGGGUCCAGGUUCGACGGCAGCCCAGAAAGUCUCAUGCAUGGAAAAACCUAUAGGUAUGUCAGGGCCACACAAAUGCAGCACUGCAGAUGUCGCUUCAGAUGAAGUGCGACGAAGUAAAGCUCAGCUGAAUGUGGAUAGCGAUGACAGAGCAGGCUCACACAAGGGAGGUUGCACACAGUACUUUAAACCAACAGAUAAUAACCCAUUGACGAAGGUAUCUGACAGAAAAGACGGAAUAAAUGAGAGACCGCGAGUAACUGAUGUUGACUUGACGUCACCUCUUAUCGCUAACUUAUUGUAUCAUUGCCAGAAGGGAAAGACAGUGAAGACCGCUAUCACUUCGGCGAUCCACCAGACAGGGUUCCAUAUCGAGAACUUAACGGGUUUGCUCGGAGAAUGCAAACGCGGCGCUUCAAAUGAGCAGAGCCGAAGUGAAAGUCGACAGAAUGCUAUUGAUGAUCGAGUGGAUAUGUGUAAGGAAUCGGGUGCUGUGAAACGUAGUGGUGACGAACCCUCAGUGCAGGCAGCAAGCAUCGAUAACAGAAAUGAGAAAAGACAGCCAGAAGUCGUAGAGACACGCCAACAUGUCAUUUCCUCAGAAGAGUGUGCAGCCGAUGGGUGCAAGCGAAAGGUAGUGGUCACUGGUCGCGCUGCUGGGGAAAUUCAGCAGUUUGACAACGAAUUGUGUGCUGCAGUUGGUGUAGAGGUGUUACCUGGCUCAACAGUCAAUAAAGAUAGCAAAUGCAACGAGGUGGAAGGUGGACAGAUUGCAGACAAUGUUACAACUGCGACAGAUGGUGACCGUUCCAAUGCUGACUUCGCAGUGCCACAACAACCCGAUGUUCACGCUCACAAAUUGGUAGCAAAGUCUGAUAACACUAAAAGACAGCCAGUGGAGAGUGUACAGGGUGCUCACGAUACAUCAAAAUUGGAGGCGAAGACAGAUGCCGAAAAACACGCAUUAAAAUUACCCAAGGGCAGCGUUCAUGAAGGCAUAGAAAGUGAAAGCUUAAAAACCAUUAAUAGUAGAGGACAAUGUCCGUCUAACUCUGUGGGAGAUGUGUGUAAGCCCUGUCGCGUACUUCUGACACGGUUAAAAGAGGUUAACAGGUCAAAGCAAGGUACGGCUGCCACAGAAGGAGUUACUUGCAUGUUACCGGCAAAUAACCGCCCUCUCACCUCAGUGAAUCGUUCAGCUGUCUCCAAAGGAGGUGCUGCCAAAGUUGGUAUCUCAAGUGGAAACUUCGCAGAACCCAAGAAACUGAGGGGGAUUAAAGGGUUCUCAAGUGACCAGGAUCCUCCAGUCAGUCACGUUCCUGAUGGGAGUGACAGACGCACAGGUUCUGUUUCCGCUAUGCGUGAAGAAGCAAACACUCAGCCCACUCAGCCGGCAACGACCUGUUCAGAGGAGACAUCCAAAGGAAUGACUGAUACAGAGAGCAACGUGGAGGAAUUGUUGGCUAUGCUGGUCGAGGCAGGCAAGCUUGAUGAGGCAGAAGGCCCGAUUUCUGGUCGACGAAGCUGUUCUCCUGCACGUAGGUCACCGUGUGGGAAUAACAGCCAAAGAGCUUCGAUGGCCAUAAAAUCUCACACCCAAGUGACCUCACCAGGUGAACAGAGGCAGCCCAAAACAAAACUUCGAAAUGAAAUUAGAAAAGAAUGCGGAGAAGGUGGCGAGCAACUGUCCACAGCAGACGCUGCUGCUGCAGAUUCGGCGAACGCUCGAAGGAGAUCUAAUCGUGCUGAGGAGCCAAGCGUGCAGCAGAACACGACUACGGGGGAGGAGACUGAUUCUCUCAGAGAGAAGCUGGUGGUGCGUUUCAGCAGAAGCCAGCCUACAGAGCGUAGUGAAGCUCCGGGAUCGCCUCCGCAGUGGAGACUCGUGCCAAUCUCCGCGAAGAGUUCUGCCGCGGCGAAGCAGUACUGCUCGUCCGGCAAGCAGUGGCCGCCCCCGAACUCAGAGCAUUCGCAGUCGGCGGGCAACAGCGCGCAGCCACGUCGCCAGUCAACUGGAGACUCUUCACAGUCCGUGCUGUCGCGUCAAAAUUCGCCCUCCUAGCAAGACUCUGACAGCGACAGGCAUACGGGAUGACAGCAAGACUCCGGAGAGCUGCUAGUACUGGGGGCUUCGUGUUGAGGAAUGGCGGCAAAGUAAGAAUCCUCAUCGCUGUCAUACGUGUGAACUGUAUGUAUAAUUUUUUUUUUUUUCGUUAUCCUGGAGCUGACAUCUGCUCAUCCUGUGUCUUGUUCUUUUGAAAUAAGCCUCGGAGAGUCUUUAAAGUGUAAUGGAACUUGCCCACUUGAGAGUCUGGAUGCCUACCAGGCGCGUUUGAAACCUUUGUCUAGUGUGUAACACAAAGUACCUUCUUUCCUGACAGCUUUGCAACGUUGGCUUCGACUUAUCAGCUCCAAAUCGUUGAUGUUUAACAAGUAUUGAAGAGCUCAUAAGUAUUUCAUGUCUGACAUACGUUAUAUUACUAUUAAUCGCCUUCCUUUGUACUACGCACCAACAAUGAGGCUCUAAAUUGCCAAUUCAUUUACUUCCAAAUACAACAGAACAUUGUCCAUUGAGUCGCGGUUUGUGUAGCCUCUAGCAGCUAUUUAAGAGCCAAGUCUCACGGGACAUGGUAUUUCUGCAUUUCCAGCAAAACCGUUUCUAGAUUUUCAAUUUAGAGCUGAGUUAAGGUUGUCAUUUUGCGUAACACUCCCACAGAUCGACACAUGUGAAGAAGACAGUUGUGAAAGCUGUGGAAAUAUCGUGUAAACUGAUAUUAUGUAUUACACUGCAAACUCGAAAACCUGAAGAUUACGUAAUCACCGAUCACUACACUGAUAUAUCGUACACGAAGACGGCUUGUAUAGCGCAUGAGAAGUGGCGUUUGAUUUUGAUCCCGAGUGUGUAGUUGACAACAAUCGUUUGAGAUAGGCUUGUGGCGCUAGGAGGGGAAAUUUUGUUGAACAAGUAUAACAAUAAACAGGUCCCCAGACUGUAAUAGCAACACAUGCCUUUUUAUGUGCUGUGACUUCCUAGUCAAUCUGUCUCCUCUAUUCGAUGUACACUUCUGUUAUUGGGGUAAUAAUUAAAGCCUGUAUUUACAUUUUUAUAGAAUAAUUAGAGAGAUAGAGAGACAAGAAUUUAUCUAUGCUUUAUGUAAGAGGUCUUGUAUUACUUUGCAUGAAAAACAAGAGACUUGUCCACAAAUCCAGGAUUUUAUGCCAGGAAAGUUCCAGAUACCUGAUGAUGCUCUUAUUAUCUUUCCAGACGAUGUGGACCAAAAGUGAAUAGUGUAUUGCUUUGCAGAUAAUGCUACUAUGAUUGAAAUGACGACAGAUUUUUACAUUGUCUGCAUGUCAUGGAAAGAAAUGGGACAGGCUGUUCGUCAGAAUGCUUUUUUUUUUUUUUAAAUUAAAUACUUAACGUUUAAAACCAGUAAGAGACUGAUCAUCAAUAAAUUAGGAAAAAUGUGUAGAGUGAAAUUAUUGAAAAAUAUAGUACAAAUCGAGAGCUGCUUUAUUGUUCAUUUACAAACAUGUCUUACAAAUUAUAUACACAAAUCAGAAGUAUUCCUUUCUGGUUUUUAAUGGCAGAGUUUGACUUUUCAUUCUGUUAAUGUGUUAACACCAUUCUAUUCCAUAUUCAUUGGUUACAUUCUGUAAUGUGUAACAUAAACACUAUCCUAAUAUUUACAUUCCUAAGACUGCCUAAUCUGUCGUACAAUAAGAAAUCACGUUUUCCACUGCUCGAAUUGAGGUUUCUGCUUGUAACCCUUACCCUGCAAUAAUGUAUGAACAAUACAAAACUUAGAAAAUGUAAACUAUGUUCCUUUUGCCGUUUUGUUUUGCAAGCAUCUGUUUAUGCCUUACAAGUUUCUUUAUGUCAGUAUUACAUUAAUAUGUAAUUUUCGACGAAAAUAAUUAAAAUGUUUUAUAUGUUGUAACACUUAACAAUAGGUUGUAAUCCUAUGGGAUUCUUUCCCUUAAAAUCUGUAGUUACAAUAAAUUGAUCAGUGCUUAGAAUAUGUGUCACAUAAUGUGUGAUGCUAUUGAGUAUUGUGGCAAGUAGACCAAAACAAGUAUCAUCUGUAGAGCUCCGAUGUUCAGUAUGGAAAAUCAUUUUUUUAUAAUGUCAUUUCUGUAAUGGACAAGAAGUCAAAUUUUGUUUCAAUUAGUUAUGAAAUAUCAUUUCUUGCCUGGAAAAAUGAUUCUGCACUAGCUUUUUUUUGUAACUGUAAGUAACUGUGUUUCAUUAAAUAAAUUUAGAAAAGUU